AUGGCCGCCGCACAACAUCAAGAUCUUCACCUCAGGAAUACUUUCCGCCGCAGGAACGUUCUCGAGGAACUCAGCGAUGCUGAAUUGAUCAAGAGAUACCGUCUUGAUAGAGAAGGCAUUUUAUUUGUCACAAAUCUCGUGAGGGAUGCCUUGUCAACCAUCAGCAGAGCCAUCACGCAGACCAUCGACGCCCUUGCUGACAUCAACAUCCUCAAGGAAUUCAUUUCCUUUCCCACCAAUCCGGAUGGGAUUGCAGCGAAGAAGGCAGAGUUCGCCCACAUCGCUGGUUUUCCCGAGGUGGUGGGAGCCACUGAUGGCACUCACGUGAGGAUUGUGGCACCGAAGGAGCAAGAGGAAGUGUAUGUCAACCGCAAGGGUUACCACAGCAUCAAUGUCCAGGUGAUAUUUGAUGCCAACUAUCAGAUACUGGAUAUCCUUGCCAAGUGGCCGGGCUCGGUGCAUGAUGCCCGUAUUUUGAGUGGCAGUGGUGUGACUGCAAUAUUUGAGAGGGGACAUGUGCAAGGAAACAGUCAUUUGCUGGGAGACAGUGGCUAUCCCAGCAAGCCUUGGCUCCUCACACCAUACCUGCGACCUCUGCCUGGACCUCAAACAAGAUAA